AUGUUCCUGCAAAAAAAAGCUUCUGAAGACUUUCAUUCCAAAGUCAUACAUACACCGAUUACUCGCUCUCUGUCUGUCAUCCUCUCUCUCUCUCUUUCUCUCUCUCUCAUUCUCUCUUUCUCUCCGUGUCUCUCUUUUAGUACUCCUUUCUUUUCAUUAGCUCAUUCAGCUGUUGCCUUUACCCCCUUUUUUCUUAAGAAUGGAAUCUGGAGAAAGAGAGUUCUUUUUGUUGUUGCUCUUCUUCUUCUUCUUCUUCUUCUUCUUCUUUCAGUCCUUGUUGCUACCGAUUAUGUUACACAUUUUAUCCGACCUUUUCACUUGUCUUAUCUUUUCUUUCAUUCUCUUGUCCAUUCUUUACAUGAACUUCUUUCUUUAUUUUUCAGUAUACUUCGAAUUUUUUUCUUUUUCUCUAAUCUCUUUUUACAAAAACUGUCUUUCUUUCUUUCUUUCUUUCUUUCUUUCUUUCAUUUAUUCGUUCGUUUUAUCUGGUUUCCUUACAAAAAUUUAUUUAUUUCAUUUUUCUUCCUAUACAAAACCUUCUUUCUUUAUUUAUUCAUCUCUCUUUUUUGUCUUGAGCGGUUCUCCAUUCUUUACAUGAAUUUAUACAGUUUUCUCUCUUAUUUCUUUCUUUUUGUUUUCUCUUCUUCCCUUACUAAAACUUUCUUUCUUUCUUUCUUUCUUUCUUUCUUUCUUUCUUUCUUUCUUUCUUUCUUUUCCUACACUUCCCUUACAAUAAUAUCUUUUCUUUCUUGA